ACAGUAUCACGCUCUGUGCUUCUGUUGAAUGAGUAAAUGCCUAUGGCUGGACGGUCCAAAGGAAAGGCUACAUCGUGUUCUCAGCUAGUUAAGCUCCUUAAUGCAAUCUUUAAAAAAUUUUCCUGGAUAUUCCAGUGAUGUGAUUUUGGCUGCAAGAAGUAUGAGCUGUUAUGUAGCAGUUGCAUGUGAAGAGAAGACAGAGUGCAAGUCAUUGUCAGAGGAUCCUGUCCUGAGCUGGGCCUGAAGAUUUCAUCCAUCUGACUGGUACAUAAACAAAAUCCAGAAGUGAAAAAGGAAAGUCCCUCUGCCACAAUGAGCUCUGAACAUGAAGAAGUUGAUGUUGCAAAAACUGUUGUCAAUGGGCUGAGCAGCAAUGGACAAGAAAAAGCUGUUGACGUCCCUUUAUGUACAAGCUCUAUUUCUGCUGUUAAAAUAAUCCCUGUGAAGAAAGUGAAAAGUUCUCCUCACCUAGUGCUGCCUACAGAAAUGGAUCCCACAAAAGUCUGCAGUGGAAAAGGAGCUGUAACCCUCCGGGCAACUCCAACCUAUGAAGGGAAUCGGAAUAUCACUUCACCAUCUCCUCAGGACGUUGAGCAACCUGAAAGUCUGGAGCCAGAAAACUCAGAAACAGAUGAUUGGAGGUCGUCGUCUAACACCGAUGCCAAUGGGGAUGCCCAGCCAUCUUCUCUGGCUGCCAAGGGUUAUAGGAGUGUGCGUCCGAACCUUUCUUCAGACAGCAAGCCACAGGCCCUUGCUCCUCCCCGUCCUCCUCUUCCCAAAGAGGAAAGCUUUGCAUGGCGUCCUCGCACUGACACUAAAGUGACCAACCUGUUGCCAGUGCCCAUCAUGGACUGUGUGUACCUGAAUGCACCCAAGCCUUAUACGCAGCGUGUGUCACCAAACACCAGUGCACGCUGUUAUUCAUCAUCACCUACCCCCUAUGGGGCUGUCCCCAGCGGGAAGCAAGGCUUGCCAGCAGGGCGUUCUCCCUCUUCAGGCCCCAAAGAUGAGGUGCAUGCUGGGCAGCCACUCUGGGGAAGUCACUCCUCAUCRGGUGCAUCGUCCAUACAACGCAACCCUGACAGGGCAGAUCCCAGUAGUAAGGCUGGAAUGAAUUCCAGUCAUGAGACGAAGGCGGAUAAAAAGGUCACCAARCUAUAUGUGGCUUGUUUAUCUAACAGCACUUGCUCAGGCGCAUCUCAAAAUUCCACUGGCACCACACAUGACCCAGCAGCCAGCACCAGUUUGGGCGCUGAGCUCACUCAGGCACCAGCCACCAACAUUGUUUCCUCUGUAACAGACACUGAAAAGUCUCUUCCUGCUGCUCCUCCUCCUCCUAUUCCUCCCAGGCCGUACUAUUACAUUGUCCUCAGCAAAGACGCAGUUAGUUAUGGUGCGGGCCAGCCCUCCCGGACUCAGUCAUCACCUCCGCAAGCUGUGAGGGACAGAGUGCUAGAGCCCCAGAGCACAACUGCCACAGAGGACAGGAUGAGAAAAGAGCCUUACCUUACUCAGCAGCGACAGCCACCAUACAAGGCAAUGGGACGUGGCAUGGAUGCCACUGCCACCACCUCAGCUCAGCCUGGAGUUAUAGUAGUCCCCCUCCUCCAGGUUAAUCCAGACAGACAACAAGAAGGCAGCUCCAGCACUCCACCACCGCCUCUGGUUCCUUUCGGGCAAGGCUCCGUAUUCCCUGAGAUUGUUUCUCCUGCCUCACCCUUGACUUUUCCAACUCUAGACGAUUUUAUUCCCCCACAUCUCCAGAGGGGCUCCCACCAUAACCAAGCACCCUCUACAUCUGGCACAUUACCCUCUGUUUAUCCGAAACUGCCAUUCUUCUCAUCACCACCUUCACUUGUCCCUCCAGUCACGGGGGCUUUGCACAGGGGUUUGAAGCCUGAAAUCACUGGAGUCAUCUCACAUACAGACCCAGGUCCUGUGCUAAAUGAAGUGCCCCAGCCUGGCACUGACUCCAUCACUUCCAUCAGCAAGUCUGCCUCUGCCUAUCCUUCUACCACAAUUGUCAAUCCCACUAUUGUCCUCUUGCAGCACAAUCGAGAACAGCAAAAAAGGCUUAGUAGCCUGGCAGAUUCAGUGCCAGACAGAUUAGUUUCGGAUAAAGUUGAUUCAGCACUGCUACGGGACAAGCCAGUUCAGGAGCCAGUGCCAAGUGAGAAGAGAGCAGUGGAAGAAAAGAGAAGCACCAUCAGGAGCCCUCACUACAUGGCUGAUACCUCUGUUGAUGAUAUUGGGAUUCCACUGAGGAAUACAGACAGAUCGAAGGACUGGUACAAGACRAUGUUCAAACAGAUCCACAAACUAAACAGAGAAGACAAUCCUUACUCUCCUACAUACCAGUUUCCUGCGUCCACUCCUAGUCCUAUCUCUGAAGAUGAAGAUUCUGAUUCAUACUCUCCUCGUUAUUCCUAUUCUGAGGACAGCAGAACCCAGCUUUCUGUUCCCCGCUCCAAGAGUGAGAUGGACAAUAUUGAUUCAGAGAAGGUUGUGAAGAGGUCUGCCACUUUGCCACUGCCAAACCGUACUUCAUCACUGAAAUCCAGCCCAGAAAGGACUGACUGGGAGCCUCCAGACAAGAAAGUAGACACCAGAAAAUAUCGUGCAGAACCCAGGAGCAUUUAUGACUAUCAGCCAGGAAAGUCCUCCGUUCUGAACAACGAAAAGAUGACUCGGGAUAUAAGCCCAGAAGAGAUAGAUUUAAAGAAUGAACCUUGGUAUAAAUUCUUUUCGGAAUUGGAGUUUGGGAAACCGCCUCCAAAAAAGAUUUGGGAUUAUACUCCUGGAGAUUGCUCUAUCCUUACUAGAGAGGAUAGAAAGAGUGAUCUAGAAAAAGACCUCUACCUCUACCAGACUGAGUUAGAGGCAGAUUUAGAAAAAAUGGAGAAGCUUUAUAAAGCGCCACAUAAAAAGCCACAGAAGAAUACAGCAGGUGGUACUCCUCUGGAAACUUCCACAGACCAUUCUUCCUACUAUUCACCCAAUUACCAUGCAGUGAAGAGGGAGUCAGAGCAAGCUCUGGGGGAUCCUGCUGCCUUGGAGAAUGAAAGGCAGAUUUACAAGAGUGUGCUGGAAGGUGGAGAUAUCCCAUUCCAGGGGCUGAGUGGUCUCAAGCGACCUUCRAGUUCUGCAUCCACAAAAGUAGAUUCAGAAUCACCAAGGCAUUUUGCACCAGUUGAUUACAUGGAAACUCCAGAAGAAAUUAUCCGCAGGCGACAYGAUGAUAAAGAGAAACUUUUAGAGGACCAGAGACGGCUUAAACGUGAGCAAGAAGAAGCUGAUAUUGCCGCUAGAAGGCACACAGGGGUUAUUCCAACGCACCAUCAGUUUAUCACUAAUGAGCGAUUUGGGGACCUCCUAAAUAUAGACGAUACAGCAAAGAGGAAAUCUGGGUCAGAGAUGAGACCUGCUAGAGCCAAGUUUGACUUUAAAGCACAGACACUAAAGGAACUUCCUCUGCAAAAAGGAGAUAUUGUUUACAUUUACAAGCAGAUUGACCAGAACUGGUUCGAAGGUGAACACCAUGGCAGAGUUGGCAUCUUCCCACGAUCAUACAUAGAGCUCCUUCCACCAGCUGAGAAGGCUCAGCCCAAAAAGCCAUUACCAUUGCAAGUAUUGGAAUAUGGAGAUGCUAUUGCUAAGUUCAACUUCAAUGGGGAUACCCAAGUGGAAAUGUCCUUCAGAAAGGGGGAAAGGAUCACGUUGAUUCGCCGAGUGGAUGAGAACUGGUAUGAAGGAAGAAUCUCUGGCACCAGUCGCCAAGGCAUCUUCCCCGUCACUUAUGUGGAGGUGCUCAAGAGGCCRGUGGUCAAGAAUGCCAUUGACUACCCUGACCCACCAGUGUCYCUCUCCCCCAGCCGCAGCAUGACAGCUUCACCACAGCCUUCCCACCAUUCAUUGAGAGCUGGACCAGAUCUCACAGAGUCUGAAAAGAGCUAUGUGCAACCUCAAGCACAGCAGCAAGGAGCCAGCCCUGAGCGAAGUCAAACACCACGAGACAUAGUUAGCUACCAAGCCCUCUAUAGCUACACUCCUCAGAAUGAUGAUGAGCUGGAACUGAGGGAUGGUGACAUUGUCGAUGUCAUGGAGAAAUGUGAUGAUGGCUGGUUUGUGGGUACAUCGAGGAGAACAAGGCAAUUUGGCACCUUCCCAGGCAACUACGUGAAGCUUCUGUACCUGUAAAAUAUCAGUGAUCUCACCAUGACAAUGAUGGGAUUCCUUUCCAGAUGGUGUUUUUAAACAGUGAAGAAACAGACCAUUUAUGAAUGUAAUAGACAAGAGAUGAGAAGUGUUAGGAGGAUGUGGUUAUGUGGUACACUAUUGAGUUGAAUGUGUAGCCCUGCUUUCAUGGAGUCAGGGUGUGAUUUGUUUGCUGAAGAAGAGACAGUUUCUAGUUUACAGUGCUGCCUUUGUGUAUUCCUCUCCCUUCCCCAGCAAGAGUUUUGAUGAUAAUCUUAAUUUGUACGGAGUACUUACCUUUGAGAAGGCUUCAGGGAAGCACAUGGUAUAGGUUUUGUUUGUGUCUUGAGACAGGAUAGAGCUUUGGGGCAGUACUCAGCCACAGCUGCUCAUGUUCGUUGGCAUGGUUCAGSAGGCCAGGCUUUCUGCCCAGUUUCUGAUUUGCUGAAGACUCASUUUACUCUGCCUUCCAGUUCCAUAGAAAACCCUUCCUUCAUGUCGUGCAUCUUAAGGCCCAGCAGAGGCAGAGGACAGCUGAUACAAUUAAACUGCAGAGCUCUGUGUGGAAAAGAAGUUUGGGACUGGUGGYUUAAUCCAGAAAGGUCAGCCAAAGCAGAAUGCAAAUGCGCAAAAAUCCCAAACCCUUUAAUAACAUAUUACUGAUCUCUGCAGKGUUUUUCUUUUGUGCAGGGUGUGUGUGUGUGAGUGUAUUGUGUGCAUCAAAACGAACUGAGUCCUGUUUUUCUAAAGAGAAAUCAGCCUGGUUUUGACAUAUAUCUGCACAAAGAAUAGAACCAAUAAAUAGAACAUCCAUGAGGGCAAAUCUUGUUUAUGAGUCCUACAGCUGUUCACUUUCUCUGCUCCUCCUGCCCUGUUGCUGGCCCUAAAGGGCCACACACCUUGUGCAUGAUAUGCUUUGGGAUGAAGACUUUACCUCUUUCCCAGCAUUAAAUCUUAGAGGCUCUGAUAAAUCUGAGCAAUGUAUCACUGAGGGUGCCUUUUUUUUUCAUUUUGGUUACAGUAUUGAUGGUAGGUCUCAAAUAAAUACAACCAUUUUGGCUGCCUCUUAGUMAUACAAAAGACGUCUAUUCAAUUUGGAAAGCUGUUCCCAGCAGUAAUUACUAGUUACAGAGAUUUGUAUUUCCUUGAGAGAAAAGAAAACCCCAUGGCUUGGCUGUAUGUUUGCCUGUAAAUCCACUAUGAGUACUCUUUUGAUAGACUUUUUGUUAUUAAGAAAAAGCAUAAACAAAACCGGUUCUAUCAGAUUCUGCUUCCUACAAUUACCGUACAAAUAGCAAAGGGUUAGAUUGCUAUUUUGUCAUAAGCCGUAUUUAAUAAUAUAAAAUGCCUAUUUUUAUGCUGAUGCUUUUAUACAGAUUUAUUAAGAGUAAACUACAACUAACUGUUAGCACGACUUGCAAUGUUUUGAUAAACUAGCCAUGCUCCUGGGUUUGAAAUCAAGUAGGCUUGUCUUCCGUCUUGGUCAGCGGAAGAGAAGACUCUGUGUCUCAGAAGUUUGACUGUAAAUAUGUAUAUUUAACUUUGUACAGACAAUGUACUUACCUUGUAUAGAGAAAUAAUUUAAACACAUUGAGUGAAGGGAGGGAAAAAAGGCAGUUGUGAAAGGUUGGGAUUUUUUCCACUUUUAUUUAAGUGAUGGAAUUCCAUGUAUGUUCACAUAAAGAGUUUUAGCACAAAAUAUUCAUUAUGAAAGGGUUUCAGAUAUGACACARAACACCACUGUUUAUUUUCUGCAGGAGAUAUCUUGAAUCCUACAUCUUAUUUAUGGGUUUGUUGUUCUGCUUUGGGUUUGCCCUCCAGUAAUUUGCAACAAUGUUUAGGCCUGUUGCUAAGGAUAACACCAAAUAAAUCUAUCCAGCAAAGUAACAUGUUGAUAUUGAUUGUAUAUAACAUACUCAUUUAAAGGGUAGUUUUCUGUUCUUGCUCUUGCCAGUUUAAGUUAAACACAAACACACACACACACACACACACACAGAGCACACGUAUCCACACAAACCGCAACUUAUUUUUGUGUUGAUUUUUUGUUUCUUAUUGCAGUGGAUUACUAUUUGACAAUUAAUAAAUGGAAUUAUUGAAUUACUAUUGUGUUCCUUGUAAAAAUUAUUAAAUAAAAUCUACUCUG